AAAUUGCAAUUUAAAUUUGCUAAUAAAAUCCAGACAUUUAUUCCGGAAGUUUCCAAAAUGUUUUAGUAGUUUUUGAAAACACAGGAUUGACUCUGCGUAUUACCUGAACCAAUACACGUGAAAGUUAGUAUACAGAUUUAUUUUGCAUGAAUCAUUUAGCUCAUCAAUAAAUUGGGUUCAUAUUCGUGAGAAAUGUAGCCCUGACCCCCGUUCAAUAAUGGGUUUGGUCUUACUAAUGUGUACUUGCAAUGCUGUUAUAUCGUCCCUACCAAAGUUGAGACCAAACCUACUCCCUUGUCUAAAGAUUACAUUUCACCAACAUUAACACCACCACACUAAAAUACUCGACUUGUCUUAUUUUUAUGCCAUUUCAAUGUAAAGUAGUGGCUUAUGCAUACUUCAGAAUUAACAUGGUCAACACAUCUCUGUAUGAUAGCUCAUGUAAAAAUCAAGUCGUGCCCUUUGUUAUGUUAGAUGAGGGAUUAAAAACAAUAACAUUGCCGAACCCUCAAACUUAUACGUUUUCCUCCAAAUAUAAAACCCCAGAUGUGUACAUUUUUACAAGUUUUACAAUUUCUUGAGCGUAAACACUUUCAAUGUGAGCCCCCGGCUGAUUAAAGUCGGUGAUUCAGCUUUUGCUUCGGCUAAAACUAGCAAGUCGUAUUAAAGGUACAAAUUUAUGUUAAACAAAAAUCAGCUUGCCAAAUAAUUACUGCCAUAGCUUUGUGAUAUAUAAAUAUAUACGAAGCGAUAUUAAAUGAGCUCUUACCCCGGGUUGAACUUGCAAAUUUAGUUUAAAAAAUAAAAUAAAAAAACAAAAACAAAUAGAACGAUUAGGAGACUAGUGAGUGGGUUGGUGAACGUCGCCGCCGGAACUUCCUGGUUCUACGGAAACACUAACAGGACAGAAGAAUGACUGUAAAAAAAAUUUGCCUCCUAUUAAUUAAAAAAAAAAUUUUUUUUUGAUGAAUAUAUACAACUUUAAAAAAAACAAACAAAAACAAAAAACAAACAAACAAAAAAACUGUCGGGGUGGGGCGGGCAUUCAGGCAAUGAUUUUAAGUGGGCGGCGAUAUAGGACUGCAGUGAUAUAGGUUAUUAUUUAUCCUAUUCGAUCGAGUUCACCUGAAUUUUGCAAAGCCAAACAAAUUAUGCAAUGAAAUCGAAAUCCCCUUAAUAAUAUUUUUGAUCAACAAUUAAAACGUUUUGUUUAUUGAUGUGAGUGUUAACCGUUUACCCAGACUUUAUGGACACCCUAGUAGGUACCGUCUCCAACAUUUUAUCCAUACUUAUCACUUUGCCGGCAUUCUCUAAUCCGCUUUUAUCGCUGCUGGAGCGCGCAUGAUGUCAAGGAGGAAAACGUGCACGCUUUGCUGCACGUUCUCGCCACUACUUCACUUCACUCUAGCACUUUUUAGUGGUCCGUCGACUAAGUGGAGCUCCCGCAAACAGCACGCAAGAUGACCAUCAACACCUUGGCUAGAGGAGGCUGGCACCGGGAACAAAUGGCUUGCUUUCGAAAGAUGGAGAAAGUGAUUGUGGCCAUGCAAGACCCUGACAUGGGCAUGAAGAUGAGAAACCAGAGGCUCCUCAUAACCGUAAUCCCGCACGCCAUGACAGGCCGUGACAUCAUUGAGUGGCUUAUCCACAAAUACAACAUCUGCGAAGAGGAGUGUCUGCACCUUGGAGGCAUGUUUGUGAGGUUCGGCUAUAUUUACCCACUCAAGGAGCCCCGGUCGCUUGUGCUGCGUCCUGAUGAUUCGCCCUACCGCUUCCAGACACCUUACUUCUGGACGAGUACUCGGUGGCCUGCCUCUGAACUUGAUUAUGCAAUCUACUUGGCCAAAAAGAAUAUCAGAAAACAAGGAGAAUUGAUGGAAUAUGAAAAGGAGCGAUACAGUCAGUUGCACAAGAGGAUUAACCACACCUGGGACUUUGUAGUGAUGCAAGCCAGAGAGCAACUCAGAGCGUCCAAACAGAGGAGGAAAGCUGACCGUAUUGUUCUGGAGUGUCAGGAGCAGGCUUACUGGCUCAUCAACAGACCCCCGCCCGGUGUGCACGAUGUGCUCGACGCGGGUCUGGAAAGUCCAAGUAACUGCAAUUUACGAGUCGCACUGGAUAGUGACUAUUACAAAAGAGAGAUUGAAACUUGUAGAAGGGCUCUAGGAAGAAACCGUGUCAAGUCAUCUAUUUGCUUGGAAGGUUUUUUGAAAUUCAGCGAACAGUACCAGAACCACGAUCCCAUUAUGCAGGGUUGUCUUCCCAGUAAUCCCUGGAUCUCUGAUGACACGGCACUUUGGACUAUGAAUGCAGAUAUUAGAGUCCCCAUCCCGACGCGCCUCCGAGUGGAACGUUGGAGUUUCAGCUUCAUGGCGCUGCUCAUUGACACCAUGGGGAGGCAGGAAUUCAUGACUUACUUGGAGAAGGAAUUUAGUGCGGAGAAUUUGUGUUUCUGGCAGGCAUGUGAGGACAUUAGGCAUGGAGAAAGUUCCAAAAUUGUUGAGAAAGUGGACGAGAUAUACAAAAACUUCUUGGCGCCUGGAGCCGCACGCUGGGUGAACAUUGACAGUAAGACCAUGGCUCAGACCUUACAGGGCAUCCAAAACCCCCAUCGCUUUGUCAUGGAUGAUGCGCAAAUGCACAUCUACUUCCUCAUGAAGAAGGAUUCUUAUCCCAGAUAUCUUAAAUCGGACCUUUAUAAGAACAUGCUGGCCAGGGCUAUUAUUCCACAGGAGACAAAGAAAAGCGUGUUCCCUUUUAUGAGGCGACAACGGCACUCAAGCCCCUCCCCCGCUAAAGUCGCCGCUCAACAAGACGUGGUCACCAAAGGUUCAGGCCAGGGGGGUACCAGCUCUGCGGCCAUCUGAUGCCAGGCUACAGCGCCAAAAGUCCUUGUCUCUACGGACACCUGCACUGAACUUUCACUACUCAUCUGUGGAGUCAUCCUCUCAUAGCAAGGUGUAAAAAUAUCAAUUGAAGUCAAAUCCAUCAUAGACAGUACAUGUACAUCCAUAGACUAUAUCAACCGAAUUCUGAUCCGUCCAUGAAUAACAAACAGAGGAGUAGCAGUUUUAGUUAAAGAAGUUAGGAUAUAGCAUCAAGUACCGAAAAUCUGUGAGUAACUGACUGUCCCCUUGCAUGAUUAAGUACAGGUAGUCCCCGGGUUACGAAAGAGUUCCGUUCCUACGCUGGUGACGUAACCCGAACUUCAGCGUAAAUCGGAAUGAACUCUUUAAGUACCAAUAAAUACCCCCUAAAUCUCAAAAUAACUAUCCAAAUACUGUACAUGCAUUAUACGUCAGUAUACUGUCCUCACCAAAUCGUUGAAGCUAAGUCCUAACUAGACAAUGAGCUAAGCUCAGAAAUGUCAGAUAUCCAUGUGGUUUGCUGACUUUAUUCAGCUGCUCAUGACAUCAACUCUUGCAGAAUGAAACUAAAAUAAAAAUAAAUUAAAUCCAUUUCAUUUUCAAAAACAGCUAUUUAAAUUUGUGUUUAUAACUACCUGCUGAUACAACAAAAACAAUCCACACAAACUAUUAGCAUGUAUCAGUUGGCGUCCAAACACCAUCCAAAAUAAUCACAGCAACUUUUCACCCCAAGUAUUUGACCACAAUGGAAAACGCACAAUAAACAGUAUUAAAGGUGUUAUAAACAGGUGUUGCCUCUGUGGAUGCUUCACAAGCAACAAAUGUGCUUACAGCUGUAAUCUGUCCCCUUUCGCUCUCACUCAGCCGUGUGACCUCUUCGUUAGAGCAAAUGCGCUCUUCCUCGUGUGUGCAAAUACUUUCUACUUCGUGUGUACAUGCGCUUUUACUCGUGUGUGGAAAUACUACCUGCUCUAUGCUUCCUGCGCCAAAAUAAGAGCAUGCAUCACAAAACAAAAAUCAACAUUAUUAUAUUAAAAAAACCAGAAUUUUUUUUUUUAAACGACUGGAGACAAAAUGAUGAAUGAGACUCCGGUGUCGUAAAGUCAAAAAUUCGGGUACGUCGUAACCCGGUGACUACCUGUUACCACAUUGAUACACAAUACCACAUUGAUAAUUGAUUGACUACUUUUCUAUUAGACCAGUUGUUCAUAGCCUCGCUAAAGGUACCGAAUCUCAAAAGUUUCACAUUUGCAAUCGCUGAACUCUUCAGAAUUAGAUAAUAAUAAUAAUACCCACAAUAUUUCAUAACGUCCUAAUUUCUUAGAAAUGUUCUGUAGUGAAAAGAGCCUACACUGAAAAUAGAAGGAGUUGUACAAUUUUUGAUUUUUUAAAAUUUUUUUUUUACAAUAGAAUUACACUCUACAUACACUUUUGUGUAUUUGACACAAAAAGCAUGUUUUUUUGUAUUACAUGCGGUAUUUAUGCUGCUGAAUGAAAUAGACUGAUUGGCUGUGUGCGAAGGCAAUCGAUAUGUUUGUUCAUCUCUUUGAAUCCCGCGCCAUGAAAAUGAGUGAUUUACGUCCAGUCUCAGAUUGAGGAAGUGGUGAAGGUUUCACCUGACAGCCACAUUUGUUUUGGUUGAAGUUCUGUGGAUUUUAUUUUAUGAGUCUUGCCAGCAUGAUACGUGCUGCAGACUUUUGUUGUUACACCAAGAAGAGUGGUGUGAACCUUUUUGGGUUUUCAAAAGAUUUUGUUCGCUGCCAGGAAUGGGCAAAAAAAGUCAGACAAAUGAGGGACCAUUGGACGCUCAGGGUAAAAAGACAGGCAGUGGAAGUGAGUAAGCUAAGUGUCAAGAGUUGGCUAAGUGCCAAAUAUUGGCCGGGAUCAUGUCACACAUUUUUAAUAAGGCGGUUGCUUACAUUUUGUGGGUGAACACCGAACCGGUGGUCUAAGUAAACAUCGCUGAAAAACAAUGCCAGAACAUCAUUACUCACCUAGCUUCUCAAAUUUAUUGUUAAAAUUAAACUGAACUUUUUUUUUUUUAAUGGUGUGAUUGAGCAGUUAUCGGUAUUUUGUAGCAUAGGUGAAAAAAGCCCUGAGAGCAUAUUUAAUAUCGCCAAUAUUUUGAUAUGGUAUCUCUGUCCCCACAUAUUUGAUCGAGGAAUGAUUUCAGACUUCCUAUCCGAGAGGAAGUGACGUCGGUUUGUCCGUGGACAGUAGCAAUCCGUCACAAGCCCGUAGCCCAUCAGGAUCGGGUAGUGACAAUCUGUGUUCUCUUUCUUUAUCUCACCCCAUCUGCUAAAUUACUCUGACACACAUAAUCUUGCUGCAGCGCUCAUGUGCCCCCUAAUGACAUACAUUAGAAUUGCACAAAACAAACUCCAUAGCAAUGAAUGCAAUAACAAUCUGGCAGCUACACGUUCCAACUAUCAAGCUGAUUUUGUGUGUGUGUUUAUUUGGUACCAAAGUUUUCCACAUUAUAUUAUGACUUUGAAAAUUUGACUGCCACUAUCUAGUAUUUCAUAAGAAAGGUGCAAAUCAGUAAGUUUGAGGGUGUUUUACCUUUAAAAAAAAAAAAAAAAAAAAAAAAAAAAAGGACAAAUUGUGUUAGAUGCAAGUGACAAAAGAACAAUCUUGGUAACUACACAAAUAGAGAGAAACAUUGAUUCUAGUGCUAUUGCAACACUAUACCAAGUAACUUAUUUGUUCUGACCCCAGAAAUGUUAAUUUCAUUAUUGAUACCAACUCUGGAGCCACUGUCAGUUACCCAACUACCACCAAAUCAACAUCUUGCACUCUUUAGACAAAUAAUUAUUCCCACUGCAAUAAGGAUAUACCUUUUGUUGGUGCGAUAUUCCAAGCAAGCACCUUGAAGCCAGGCAAACGGUGUGUCUGGACGCAUGAGACCUAACAUGACGACUUUAAACUUUUUUAAUGAAAAUAAAAAGAAAGUAGAUAGUCUAUGUAGUGCUGUGCUGCUACUGGUAAAAAAAAAAAAAAACUGUCUCACUUCAACAAUAGCUGGCUUCAUCUGCACUGCAUAAAUUUGAAGCAUGCUCCUUCCUCCCUACGACUCAUCACGUGACAUUACACCAUGCAACAAGCAAAACACACUGUGCUUAAAAAUAGCUCAAUUUGGUCCUACACCUAUACUACUGUAUAUUAAGAUAUGUAGUUAGUCUAAUUGGUAUGUUUGUGUAAAUGGUCAUUACAAUUUAUGAAGUUGAUCAUUCCAUGAUGGAGAUGGCUAAUCAUUGUUAACUGAGCAUGUUUAUUUCCCAAUAAAACAUCCGUCAUUGUGUUUUGCAUUCCUAUCAUGUUUUUUCUAAAUCUGUGACUAACUUGGUUUUGUCAACAUUCCAUUUGAUGAAUCCAAUAGGUGGAUCCUCCUCCCCAGUAACCAAAUAGGACUUCAGUGUAUUUCCUGGUUGUUUCAUGUACAAAAAAUGAACAUUUCUUUUAGAGCAAAUAGAAUAUAAACCCAUGAAGCAACCUCUGAACAGCAAAGUGCAUAGUCUCAUCAGCAUGUCCUGGGUCGACCCUGAAACCUCCUCCCAGUGGGACGUUCCCAGGACACCUCACCAGGGCGGCAUGUGGAAUUAACCGUAAUCAGAUGCCCGAGCCACCUCAUCUGACCCAUCUGCUGUAACCCGAGCUCCUCCCGGAUGACCGAGUUUUUCACUCGAUCUCUACAGGAAGAGCCCGAAUACCCUGUGGAAGAAACUCAUUCUUCCGGUCACGACAGUUCGUGACCAGAGGUGAGGGUAGGAACGAAGAUCGACCAGUAGAUUAGAGCUAUUCGACCCUGCUCCUUCUUCACCGCAACGGACUGAUGCAAUCCGCAUCACUGCAGACCCAGCACCGAUUGGCCGGUCGAUCCCCUGCUCCUACUGUUGGAAUUUGAUCUUCUAGCCAGAUUGCCGGAAUCACGCCAGCGCAAUUCCAACAACUCGCACUGGUGCCACCCAACAACCCGGCCAAAAGGCCAAACUUCACGUGUUCACCAUAGUUUGAACCUCUUCUACUGACUCCAUUUAAAAAGCUGGACAAAGGCUCCGAAACACAGGUUGACAAUUUAUUCCAAGUCAACAGAAAGGCAAAAACAGCAACCAGAUCCAGAUGAAGAGGAAGGCUAGAUCCAGGGUCAAUAAUUAACAGGUCAUUUAUU